GAUAAGGUUCCGUGACGAAGAUACACAGAAAUUCAUUUAUUGUUAUAAAAAAUUAUGCUAACAAUAUAAUGCAAAUUAUUUAGUUAUAAGCAAACAUCAUGGCGUUCUUAGAGUGGCGUCGUUUUACAUUUUUUGAUGUACACAGAAAAAUUGACAAUGGAAAAGUGGCAGAAAAUUUACAAGAUACAACAAUAACAGCAACCACAAGUGGCAACUCUCAUGUGGUGCUGUGUGACAGCACGGGCUGGACCCACUUGGUGUCCCGCUCCUGGAAUGUCACUUUCUUCAAAGCGUAUGAACUCAGGGUCACACUCGCCCAACAGUUACCUCAUGACCCAUUGUUGGUCACUAUUGGAGAAGAUGAAGCGAGUGCGCCACUGGUAAAAGUAUGGGACUGGUCGCGCCGCGACCGACAUGACAACCCGACAUGCGUGCGAGUGUCGCGCGCCGUGCCAUCGCACAUGCGCGCCACGCCCGCCACCGCGCUCGCCGUGCACGACAACAAGAACCUGCUUGCUGUGGGCUUCCAAGAUGGUUCAGUAACGUUAUACCGAGGGGACAUAGCCCGUCAGCGCUCCGGAAAGAUGAAGACUCUAAUGGACUCUGGAACCAGCCCUAUCACCGGCCUCGCCUUCAGUGGCGCAGAUAAACUGUUCGUGGUGUCCCGCGCCAGUGUGUUGGUGUAUUGGCUGGGCACAGAGCGCUGCGUGACGUUAGACAGCAAGGGAGCGUUGGCCGGCUGCUCGGUACACGAUAGGCACCGCUUCACCGUGGCCAAGGACGACGCAAUAUUCAGCUACACGAGCGAAGGGCGCGGGCCCUGCUACGCCAUCGAAGGCGAGAAGGUCCGCCUGGCCCGGUUCCACAGCUACCUCGUCAUCACCACCACGGCGGCCAAGCACGCGCACCGGCUCACUAUACUCGAUAUACAGAAUAAGUUUAUUGUCUUCGAAAACACUUUUGAAGAAAUCGAAGCCGUCCUAACAGAAUGGGGCUCAAUCUACAUCCUCACGAAGAACAAAGAGAUGAUUUACCUGGCAGAGAAAGACCUCCACUCGAAACUUUGGCUGCUGUUCAAAAAGAACCUCUAUGACGUCGCGAUAAGGAUAGCGAGCGGGCAGCAGUACGAUGCAGUGGGGCUGACGGAAAUAUACAAGCAGUAUGGUGAUCAUUUGUAUGGCAAGGGUGACCUAAAAGGUGCUAUAGAGCAGUAUAUCAAAACGAUCGGCUGGCUGGAAACCUCAUACGUCAUCAGGAAGUACUUGGAAUCCCGCCAUUUGGAACCUCUAGUGUUAUAUUUAGAAGAGUUGCAUAAAAAAGGUGUGGCUACGGAAGACCAUACAACGCUAUUGCUGACUUGUUACGUCAAGUUGGAUCAGCAUGAUCAGCAGGGGAAGUUGAAGGAGUUCAUUAAUUCCAAGGACAAAAUCAUUGAGUUUGAUGUGGAUGUGGCUAUUAAGGUAGUCCGCCAAGUCAGCAUCGACGACGCCCUUACCCUCGCGGCCAACCACAAGCGCCACGACUGGUACCUCAAACUCAUGAUAGAAGACAAGAAAGCAUACAGCGAAGCAUUGCAGUACCUGUCUGACCUCGAGUUUGAUGACGCGGACGCUUAUAUGAAGAAAUACGGCUUGAAGUUGAUACAACAUCUACCUGAAGAAAGCACGGAGUUUCUUAUAACACUAUGCACGGACUACAAGCCCCGCAACAAACCCCUGGUCGACGAGGCCGCCCUGACCGGUGGCUACAGAGAACCCGAGCGAGCCAACCCUGAUGACUAUAUACACAUGUUUCUGUCCAACUCGGAGCAGCUCAUACACUUCCUUGAGCACAUGACGAAGGCGGAGUCGCAGAGCUCUACGCUCGUGUAUAAUGCGCUUAUAGAACAUUAUAUACAUGUGUGGGCGAAGUCCCCCGCCGAGAAGAAGGCAGAAUACGAAGAGAAAAUAAUGAAGGUGCUACAAGACCCUAUGGCCAACUACGACAAGGACCAAACAUUAGUCAUCUGCCAGAUGCUGGGCUUCCGAUCUGGCAUGCUUUAUCUGUAUGAGGAGAACAAACUAUGGCGCGCACAAGUGGCGCUCCACAUGCGCGCAGGCAUGCCGGAGCGCGCGCUGGGCGUGUGUCGCCGCCGCGGGGGCGCGGCGCCGCGCUUGUGGCUGGACGUGCUGUGGUGGCCCGUGCGCGCCGCACCCGCAUCCGCACCCGCACCCGCACCCGCACCCGCACCCGCACCCACGCCAAUACUACCGGAGCUCCUACAUGUCAUUGCCACCGAGAAACUUUUAUCUCCUAUUCUAGUCAUCGAUUGCCUAGCAAACGUGCCUUCAUACACUCUUGGAGAUGUCCGCAAGUACCUAACAGACGUGCUCAAAUCCGAAGACGACGUGAUAACCCGCGAGCAAGAGCUAGCUGCCAAGUAUAAGGGGGAAAGCGAGCGAAUGAAGGCCCAGAUCCACACAUUACAACACGAACCGGUCCCCUUCCAGAGCUCAAAGUGUGCUGCUUGCAACCGUCCGCUGGAGUUACCUAGCGUGCACUUUUUGUGUCAACAUUCCUUCCACCAACAUUGUUUCCAAAGCUACUCCGACUCGGAGCGCGACUGCCCCGCCUGCGACAAGCGCACGCGCCGCGAGCCGCCGCCCCCGGCCGCUGAAAGUUUACACGCCAGGCUGCACCAGGAACAUGACCCCUAUGCAGUGGUAUCCGAGUACUACGGCCGCGGCUUAUUCAACAAGCUGACGGUAAUAACCGACGCCCAGGAGCCGGCGGCGCCCACACCGGCGCCCGCGGCUCCCGGGGCGCCCUGGCCGGCCCCCGCAGGUCCCGGGGCGCCCCGGCCGGGCCCCGCAGGUCCCGGGGCGCCCCGGCCGGGCCCCGCAGCCCCCGGGCCCCCGGGCGCCGCCGCCGCUAGCUACGGACCAGGCGCGGAGGCUAAACUAAGACUGCAGGAGGGACAGAGCAAGCAAGUAUUCGUGCCAAACGCCAGCAAGCAAGUAGCACCGAAAGGGACCUCCGUGAUCCCCGUACCAGAAGGGCGCAUGCGCCUCAUAGAACAACAGCAGUACAGCUCCAGCCUUGAAGCCAACAUCUCCCGACUAGAGCCCAGAGUCCACAACCCCACCAAAACCUCCCCCCUAGCCUCACCUAUGUCUAACAGAAAAAUGGAACCGAAAAGCCUACGACAAUCACCAAAAAUAUCAUCAGCUAUUAGCAAUGGAGCAAAUAAAAACCCAUUUGAAGAAGCGUACGAUGACACGAAAAACCCCUUUGCUGAUGAUGAGAAUGACCCCAUGAAUCCGUUUGAGGAGGAUGAUGAUUAUGACAAGAAUCUGAACCCGUUCUCGUGAGGUUAGGAUUGUGAUCUCAGUACUUUAAGGAAAUUUGAGCUCGCCCUGGGAGGUCCUUGGUGAAUGGUGUACUAACGAAUGUAGCCUUAGUUAAAAGUAUUUACCAACGAGCCUAAGGGCCAGUGGCACCACAAUUAGCCAACUGAUAAGCGUCACUCAGCAGAGUUAUAUGAAACUUCACAUACAAUAAAAUUUAGCGAACGCUUUAACUGUAACAGACGGUUUGGUGCAAUCAACCCUAAGAUGGUCACGCGUUUGAUAUCGUGGCCGUAACUUUAACAAUUAUGUAAGCGCAAGAUUGAUGUAUCACACCAUGAUAAAAAUGCUACCAUCCUAUACAUGCAAGAGUUAAAAGGGUUAUAUAAACCAUUUUGGCGUUCGAAGUGCGGGGCAGAGACAACGGGGGAAGGGAAGACAACUCAUGUUACAGCGAAAAUGUAAACUUGGGCCCGAAUAUUCAAACUGUUUGAUAUCUGUUAAUUGUGUAUUUUGUGGACAUGCUCAUGCACGUUGCAGUUUUAUAGGAAAUUAUUAUAUUUUGUUUUGUUAUAUAUUU